UUCAAACGAGAACGGUGACGUCACUCUCUGGCUGCCUGUCUUCAAUCACAUCCGCUGUGUGACUAUAAAGCCGGCUGUUCUCAGCUGCUCCGACACCAGUUUCGAGAGAAGCAAUCCACAAGAUGAGCGGAAGAGGCAAAGGAGGAAAAGGACUCGGUAAAGGAGGCGCCAAGCGGCACCGUAAAGUCCUUCGAGAUAACAUCCAGGGAAUCACCAAGCCAGCUAUCCGCCGUCUGGCUCGUCGCGGUGGUGUCAAGCGUAUCUCCGGUUUGAUCUACGAGGAGACUCGCGGUGUGUUGAAGGUGUUCUUGGAGAACGUCAUCCGUGAUGCCGUCACCUAUACCGAGCACGCCAAGAGGAAGACUGUGACCGCCAUGGACGUGGUGUACGCUCUCAAGAGGCAGGGCCGCACUCUGUACGGCUUCGGCGGUACCAUGGCCAGAACCAAGCAGACGGCUCGUAAGUCCACCGGAGGAAAAGCUCCCAGGAAGCAGCUGGCCACCAAGGCUGCCCGUAAGAGCGCCCCGGCCACCGGCGGCGUCAAGAAGCCUCACCGUUACCGGCCCGGCACCGUGGCUCUGAGGGAGAUCCGCCGCUACCAGAAAUCCACGGAGCUGCUGAUCCGUAAGCUGCCCUUCCAGCGCCUCGUCAGAGAGAUCGCUCAGGACUUCAAGACCGACCUGCGCUUCCAGAGCUCGGCCGUCAUGGCUCUGCAGGAGUCCAGCGAGGCUUACCUGGUCGGCCUGUUCGAGGACACCAACCUGUGCGCCAUCCACGCCAAGAGGGUCACCAUCAUGCCCAAAGACAUCCAGCUGGCCCGCCGCAUCCGUGGAGAGAGAGCUUAGAUUCAGUCUAACUGAACCCACAACCAACGGCUCUUUUAAGAGCCACUAAGUCUCUAAACGGCUCUCAUCCUGCUCAAUACUAUUAAGUCAAUUAACCUCAUCUAUUCUAUUAAAGUCAUACUACACCUAUAAGUAAAAUACGAACUGGGUUGUUUCAAGGGAAUGCCAUCACAUAUCUACAUAUAGAUCUAUUUUGCAUUGACAAUAUUACAAAUAUCAAAGUGUCUUUGAGUAUCAACAGUUUAGAGUAAUUGCUGCUGAUUUGAACAGUAAGUUCUCUGGUGUUACUGGUAGUAAAC